AUCCAGUGGCUCCACAGGAGAAAGACCUGGUCAUAUGCUUCUAUAAAGAUUACAGUCUAGAAAACCACAUGGAUCAGUUCUUCUCUGUCACAUGGGGUUGCUAUGAGUUGAAAAUCAACCUGAUAGUACUUAGCAACAGUAGGCAUGCAGGAUUUUACAGUUCAAGGACAGUGAUUUCAAAUGGUGGGUGUAUUUUAAGAAAAAGCACAACAGUGAUAAAGAACAUGAGAAGUAAGGUAGAAUCAAAGAUUAUCUGGCUGGUUUAGUGCCUGUUAGGGAGGGAAGACCAGAAAGUAACAAUGCAGAAGAAGGUUAGAAAUAGAAGAUGUAGAAUUUCAGUAUAUAAAAAGUUCCUGAGUUAUACGUCGGUUAUUAUGGUACAUAUGCCCUAUACAAUUGAUGGUGGGGAAAUGCAGGAUCUGGGUUGUGCAAACUGUUAAAUGCUCAGGUAGUAACCAAAAAGCUGACAGUUAGAAUCCACACAAAGGUCCCUCCAAAAACUCUAUGGAGCACAGUUCUACUCUGACACAUGAAAUCGCCAUAAUAAGUCAGAGUUGACUCCACAAAAAUUCUUUUUUUUUCUUAAUGACUGAGACCCCUGAAAAAUCACUUCUAGUGGGACUGGCCAGUAGUCCUUCCAGGGAGGGGAGUCUUCAGUUGUUUGUCUUUAUUGUAUAUGGUACUAGAUUUUAUAUUUAAAAACUGCUUUUCUCCAUGGCUUGCUCACUUGCUUACCAGAUAAUACAUUGGGAAGAGGUUGGGACAUUCCAUUCCAAAACUGAAUUCAACAAAAGAUGAAGAGUUAGAAAAAGAAAAAUGUAAACAAACAUUAAUGAAUUUAAAAUUCCUUUUUAAGCUCUUGUUCUUUCUUUCUUCAUUUUUUUUUUCUUUCAAGAAAAUUAAAACAAUAAGCUUUCAUGGAGAAAUGGAAUCAAACUUCUAACGAUUUCAUUUUGUUGGGGCUUUUUCCCGCAAAUCAAACUGGCAUCCUGCUCUCGUUCCUCACCAUCCUUGUAUUCUUUCUGGCCUCGUUGGGAAACUCAACCAUAAUUUACAUCAUCUGUGUGGAUCCCCGUCUCCACAUACCCAUGUACUUUCUCCUUAGCCAGCUCUCACUCACAGACCUGAUGUACAUCUCUACUACCGUCCCCAAGAUGGUGCAUAACUUCCUCUCUGGCCAGAAGAGCAUCUCUUUCCUAGGAUGUGGCUUUCAAAGCUUCUUCUUCUUGACAACAGGCGGUGCUGAAGGCUUACUCUUGGCCUCCAUGGCCUAUGACCGUUACGUGGCCAUCUGUCACCCCCUCCAUUAUCCCAACCGUAUGAGUAGAGGGAUGUGUGUCCAGAUGAUCAUAGGAUCUUGGAUCUUGGGGUCCAUCAACUCUUUGGCACACACAGCCUAUAUCCUUCAUAUUCCUUACUGCCAGUCCAGGGCCAUUGAUCAUUUAUUUUGUGAUGUCCCAGCCAUGGUGUCUCUUGCAUGUAUGGCUACCCGGCUCUAUGAGUACAUGGUUUUUGUGAGCACUAGUAUCUUUCUCCUCCUUCCUUUCCUUGGCAUCACUGCUUCCUAUGGCAGAGUCCUUUUGGCUGUCUACCAUAUGCGCUCCAAAGAGGGAAGAAAAAAGGCCUUCACCACCUGUUCAACUCAUUUAACUGUAGUUACCUUAUACUAUGCACCAUUUGUGUACACCUAUCUUCAGCCCAAGAAUCUCCGCUCACCAGCAGAAGAUAAGAUUUUGGCUGUUCUUUACACCAUCCUCACUCCCAUGUUCAAUCCCAUUAUCUACAGCCUGAGGAAUAAGGAAGUCCUGGGGGCCAUGACAAGAGUGUUUGGAAUAUUCUCUUCGAAGAAAGAAUAGUCAUGGCUGUUCUUACUUCUUUUUCUUUAUUUUCUUUUUUGUGUUGUGUC